AUGACGCUCCUUUUCACGCUCUUCCUGUCGCUCAUCUGCCUCGUCGCGGCCUCCGACUACCACGAACGCCUCGAGCUGCAACCGCUGCCGGCCGGCUCGCUGCUCGCAUCGUUCAACUUCCGCAGCAACGCGUCCCAGCAGUCCUUCGACCAGCAGCACUUCCGCUACUUCCCCCGCUCCCUCGGUCAGAUCCUGCAACACGCGCAUACCAAGGAGCUGCACCUCCGUUUUACCACCGGCAGAUGGGACGCUGAAAGCUGGGGCACACGGCCAUGGAACGGGACCAGGGAGGGGGGCACGGGUGUCGAGCUGUGGGCGUGGAUCGAUGCGGCGAACGCUGAAGACGCCUUCGCCCACUGGAUCACCUUGACGCAGUCCCUCUCGGGUCUCUUCUGUGCCUCGUUGAACUUCAUCGACUCGACGCGCACUACGCGCCCCGUGGCCACCUUUGAACCGGAGGGGGAUCAUCACGCCUCCGAUGCGGAUGGCAGCCUACCCCUCCAUCUCCUACACGGCACUUUGCCUGGUGAGGUGGUCUGUACGGAGAAUCUGACGCCGUUCCUUAAGCUACUUCCGUGUAAGGGGAAGGCAGGCAUUUCUAGCCUGUUUGAUGGACACAAGCUGUUUGAUGCGUCGUGGCAGAGCAUGUCGGUGGAUAUCCGGCCCCUCUGCCCGGAUGACGGGAGCGAGUGUGUCGUGCAGAUCGAGCAGGCAGUAGACAUGGUGUUGGAUAUAGAUCGCUCGAAGCGGCCUAGGGACAACCCUAUUCCUAGACCCGUCCCUGACGAUCAACUGCUGUGCGACACUUCGAAGCCCUACCAUUCUCACGAUACCUGCUACCCGCUUGACAAAACCACGGACAAGAGCUGGAGCCUGACCGAAGUGUUUGGCCGCAGUCUGAAUGGCGUCUGUUCUCCUGCGCACGACGCGGAUUCUAGCGACGAGGAGGAGGAAGGGUCGGUGUGUCUGCAUGUGCCCCAUGAACGGGACGUAUUUAUUUCCCCCGGUGCGGUAGAGAAGAAAAACCUUGAGGAAACAUCCCGCUGCUUUACUCUUCAGCCUUCCGGUACAUUUGAUCUCGUCCUCUCCGAGCAAGACGAGAACCACCACCGCCACUCAGCCCUCGAGACGCCCGUGUUGAGCGCGGAACGCACCAUGAUCGGCCACGGCCAGGAACGCGGCGGGAUGCGAAUCAUCUUCGACAACCCGUCUGCCACUGACUCGGUGGAUUUCAUCUACUUCGAGGCCCUGCCCUGGUUCCUGCGGCCGUACCUGCACACCCUGCAGGCCACCGUGACGGGCCACAACGACCGCAUCCCCCGGUCUAUCCCCACGGCGCAGAUCAUCAAGGAAUCCUUCUACCGACCCGCGAUUGACCGCCAGCGCGGCACCCAACUCGAGCUCGCACUGUCGGUGCCCCCCGCGUCCCGGGUCACGCUGACCUACGACUUUGAAAAGGCCAUCCUCCGAUACACAGAGUACCCGCCGGACGCGAACCGCGGGUUCAACGUCGCCCCCGCGGUGAUCAAGCUCGCCGCCUCGAACAACCACGCCUACCUGCGCACGACGAGCCUGCUGCUGCCGCUCCCCACGCCCGAUUUCAGCAUGCCCUACAACGUGAUCAUCCUGACCAGCACGGUGAUCGCCCUUGCCUUUGGCAGCAUCUUCAACCUGCUUACUCGUCGCUUCGUGGCUGCCGAGCAAGCCGAGGCAUUAGGAUCGCAGACACUAAAGGGGAGAAUCGGCAAGGGAUUAUUGUCUUUACGGGAUAGAGUUAAACGGAAGACUAAGACUGAAUAA